CCAUCGGCCAUGCCGCGCCCACGCUCCCGCUCCCGCUCGCCGCCGCCGCGCUACACCUCCUCACGGCGGCGCUCUCGCUCGCCCGACUUCACCGCCGAGCGCCAACGCUCACGCGCCGCCUUUGACGCCUCCACCUCGCGCGCCUCCUCUUCUCGCGCACCCCCACCGCCGGGCGACGACGCAGACGCACCGCCGGCAGAGGCAGCACGCGUGGAGCCCGACUUUGCGCCCUCGGGCCUGCUGGCCGCGGCGAGCAACUCGAAGAACGGCACGGCACUCAAGUACCACGAGCCGCCCGAGGCACGCGCGCCGAAGCGCAAGUGGCGCUGCUACGUGUACAAGGGCAAGGAGGAGCUGGACAUGCUGCACCUGCGCGCCUCGUGUCUGCUGUUCGGGCGCGACGUAGCCGUAGCGGAUGUGCCCAUCACGCAUCCCAGCUGCAGCAAGCAGCAUGCCGUCUUCCAGUUCCGGCGCAUCAGCAAGGUCAACGAGUACGGCGAGGAGAAGCAUGAGAUCAAGCCCUUCUUGUUGGAUCUGGACUCGGCAAACGGCACGCUGCUCAACGGCAAGGAGGUGGAGGGACGACGAUACAUCGAGCUCAUCACCGGCGACACGGUGCGCUUUGGCACGAGCGAGCGCGACUAUGUGUUGCUAAGAGAAGAAUGAGAUGCCAUUCACGGGG